UCUUUCGCCUCGAGUUGCUCGGAUUCAGCAGGCCAGCUUGUUCCUUCCUUGGCGGUGCGUUAUAAAUUCGCGCCCUCCUCUGGUCCUGGUCCAGGUGCACAGGAAGUGCUAGGGGAGGACGCAGGUGCCCAGGAGAGGGGGGGCGGUGAAGGCGCCCGGUGAUGAACCCGAAGAUUGAACCUGCAGACCAGGCACAAAGCAGAAACUGAAAGUACACUGCCGGCUGAUCCUACGGAAGUUAUGGGAAAGGCAAAGCGCAGAGCCGGGCGGUGGUGUGUGCCGCCCCCGUUGGGAUGGAUGAAGCAGCAGGCGCGGUGUGGGUAAGAGGAACCAGCGGCAGAGAGGGCCCUACACGGCACCGGCUCGCGGCGGCUCGGCGGCAGACCAGGGCCCUGGCGGUGACCAUGGGCGGUGAGAGCUUGCUCCUGAGGCCGCUGCGGUCAUCAUGACCACGCCCGCCUCCCGCAGACCAUGUUCCAUGUUUCUUCUAGGUAUGUCUUUGGAAUUCCUCCCCUGAUCCUUGUUUUGUUGCCAGUAGCCUCAUUUGAUUGUGAUAUUAAAGGUAAAGACGGCAGAGAAUAUCGGAAUGUUCUAAAGAUCAGCAUUGAGGACUUGGACAGCAUGAUAAAAACUCAUAGCAAUUGCCUGAAUAACGAAUCUAGCUUUUUUAAAAGACAUGCAUGUGAUGAUAAUAAGGAAGCUACAUUUUUAUAUCAUGCUGCUCGCAAGUUGAAGCAAUUUAAAAUGAAUGCCAGUGAGGAUUUCGAUAUCCACUUAUCACGAGUUUCACAGGGCACAUUAAAACUGUUGAACUGCUCUAACAAGGAAGGAAGAAAACCACCUUCUCUGGGUGAAGUCCAACCCAGUAAGAAAUUAGAAGGGAAUAAAUCUUCAAAGGAACAGAAAAGACAGAAUUACAUGUGUUUCCUAAAGAUACUACUACAAAAGAUAAAAUCUUGUUGGAAUAAAAUUUUGAGGGACGCUAAAGAACAUUAAAAAAUAUGGAGUGGCAAUAUAAAAACAUGAGAACUUUAGUUGUAUCCUCCAAGAAUCUAUGUACUCAUGAACUUUUUGGAGUAGAAUGUCUCCUAGAAGUUACUGAAUGCAUCCUGGUAAAAAAAGAUCAUAGCAAUUGAGAAAUCCAUAUGUAGUACUAGAAGAUGAAUGUAAAUAAUGGAAACUGAAUACUGUAAUCAACAGACUCUUUCAUAUGUAUGCAGACAUGUAUCAAUCGGUGUUAAUUCUGUGAUUUUUGUAAGACAAUCUACACCGGGUAUUAGUUGCAAUAAUAUGUUUAAAUCUGUUUAAAAAUUUCAGAAGAAGACAUAUAAAAUCUGUGAAGUAUAUAAAGGUUACAAGGAUUAAAAAUUAACAUUGCUUUUCUACAACAUAAUUUUAUGGCCCACUAUGCAUCAGCAUAUGGCAAUGAAAGUGGAAAUUGUCAUCUUCAGUGCUGGAAAUGUUUCAAAGUUAACAGUGAGAUAUGGAUAUUGCCCAUGAGAACAAGAGUCAUACGCCUUAAAGCAGCAGCAGCAUGAAGGAGUCUAAGAUAUCAAGUGGUAUAAUGAAACAUGAAUGUAUAACACAGUGCCUUCAAUAAAUGGUAGAGCGAAUGUUUUUAAAUGAAAAUAAAAAAUAAUUUCACGAAAUAGAAAGUUAUUUACCUGUUCUGAGGAUGCUAAGCCAUAGUACUGAGUUACUUUUGUCAUUUAUGUGUCUAAAUGUGUCUAAAAUGUGUCUAAAUGAGUUUGCAAUUUGGGAAGUAUAUUUUUAAAAGAAUAAUAUAUGUUGGUCUUUUAAUUAAUGGAAUAUGUAUAUUUAAUUUUGACACCAUAUCUGUAUAUAAAAAUAUUUUCAUACAGUACUAUAAAAAAUUAACUUACUUUGGAUAACAUUUCUCCUUUGAUAAUAAGUGAUCUAUGUAUUAGUGUUGUUAGAUUCAUUUAAUGAAUCCAAAAGGAUUUUUAAGGCAAGAUUUUUAAUACUGUACCACUAUCUGGUUCCCCAGUUUUAUUGAAUAUAUGACAUUCAAUGCCUUAUUACUGGUAAUGUUACAGAACCAGGAACCCAAAAUUGUAUAGACAGGAACAUUACUUUCUAUGUUAAUUAGUUUUUAGAAGAAACUUCUAUGUAUUAGAACCAGUUUAGAAAGAUCUGCCAACAGUCUUCACUAACUUACAAAGGGAAAUGAAAACACUAUUCCAUGCAGGCCAGAGUAAUAAAAUAGCCACCAAUUUGCUGUUUGCUAAACUUGCAUCCUUCAUGCUCUUUCAUAGCUUCAUCAACACCUGGUUAAGGUGCUGACUGGUUUUAUUUGAUCUACAGAUGAUGCUCAGGUGCCAUCUUCAAUGUGUGGUGGUAACACCUUCUUCUCAGUUCAUGUCUGUCUGUCUGCCUUUUCUCUCCGAAACCCAUAUCUAGUUUCAUCCUCACUGGUGUCAAUAGCUGUAUAGAAAUGUACAGACAGUUCUAUAAAUUCACUGACUGCUACCAUGUGGAAGACAGACAUGAUGUGUUUGCCAAUUUCCACCUUUGAGGCUUAUCACAAAUUUUCUUAUGUCUGAAGUAAUCUGAUUAAAAAUGGGAGCAUUUUACUUACAAAUUCAAUGGGAGAGAAAAUCUUACAAAUUUUUCUGGAAAUGGGGUAAACACUAUCACAAAUAAAAGGAACUUGGUUUGCAGAGCAUCCAAUCAGGUAAAGUAAAGCAGCCUAGUAGAACCAGAAAGAUCAACCAGAAAAGUAAAAAAAUGACAGUUAUCUGCCCUGUCAUCUCAUUGCUUAGAAUUCCAAGCAAAAAGGACAUGGCUUUGUCUUUUUCUGUGAAAAAAUCUUAAACAUGUAGACCAAUACAUCAUUCUGCUUAAGGAAGAGGUGUUAUUUUAAUUCAGGGUAAAUUAGAUAUCAGGGUUGGAACUAAUGUCUUCACAGCCAAGUGGAUUUAAAGAAGAAGCUCCAACUUCUGAACACAUACCACUUAAUGUGUAAGAUGCAGCACAAAUGCAGGUAAUUAAUCCACUCAACAUAUAGUUAUUAAACAUAUGUUUCUAAUGUGGCAGUUCUAGCCUUAGAGGUACAACAAAGUCUUUGUUUCAUAGAGCAUACAUUCUAGAAGAGGAAAGAAUCAACAAGUAAAAUUAUUGCAGAAAAGUUCUAUGGAAAAGAAAAAAAACAGAUUGGUGAAGAGAGCUGGUAUUUUAGGUUUGAUAAUCAGGGAAGACAUCUUUGGAGAGAAGAGAUUUGAAAAUAUCUUAUUGGUCUCAAAUAAUUCAAUAUAUUAUACAUAACUGGCAACAUUUAUACAUUUAAUACAUUUCAUUGAAGGAUUCUAGUGAUUUUUCAAGAGCUCAAAACAAUACUUCAACUGUAGUACAUGACACUGUCAUAGAAAUUAAGUAUGAAAUGAUCAAAUGUUUGAUUUUGAAGAAGUGUAUUGCCCUUAAGCAGUGAUAUGCAAGCUUUACUAAUCUUUCUAUUUUGAAAUAAUUUCAAACGUGUAGUUGCAAAGAUAGUACAGAGUUUCCAUAUAUGUUCUACCAAGUUUCCUCUAAUACUAACAUCUUACAUACCCAUUGUACAUUUAUUCAAAAUAUGAGCAUUCUUUGUUGUGGGGCUGAGGAUGUUUAGCAGCCUCCCUGUUCUCUACACACUAGAUAUUAAUGGCACUCUCUCACAGGAAGUGACAAAAAAAAUGUCUCCAGGCAUGGCCAAAAUGUCCCAGCGAACAACCGAAACCAUUGUUUUAGAAGUUUUGUUUGUUUUACAGCAAUGUUCAUGACUCAAUUUGGGUUAUUUUUUACUAGAAGCCAUGUAUCAAAUUUCCUUCUUUUGCAUAUGGAUAUCCAACCAUUUCAGUGCCAUUUAUUGGAAAGACUACACUUGUCAACUGAAUUGCCUUUGUGCUUUUAUAAAAUUCAGUUUUAGUCCACAUCAUCUCAUGGUAAAUCCCCUUUCUCAAUGUAAUUUAGAAGGAAUCUCUAUUCCUUACAUUUGAAGGCACUAUUCAGAUUGUUUUACAUUGGCGAAUAAAGAAGUAAGAAUGAAAGGCAAAUUUAUGAGUAUUAGGUACUAAAUUAAGAAAGUAGAAUUAACCAUGAAACUUUGCCUCCCCAAGAAAGACAACAUAGUUGAGUCGAUAACAGAUAGUUGUUUAUUUCUAAUGAGUGGGAUAUUAUGGAACUGGAUGGGUUUUGUGAAAUGAGGAUACUGCUCCUUUUGGUAUGCUUGGGGGGAUUGAAAAGUUUGUUCCGAUUUACAUUGUAUACAAUCAAUUAUCAGUCUUGUAAUUAUAAAAAUGUAUACUUAUGAAAAUGUAA